CUCUCUCUACUCCGAUCCCCAACCUCUUCACCACAAUCGGCCUCUGAAUCGCUCUCUUUCGCUCUCCACGCGCCCACGCGCUUAGUCUAUCCCGAUCUGUUUUCCGAUCGACGAUCGACGACCGGUACCGGAAUCUCAUAUCCAAUCGAGGAGAGGGAUUCGAGCAUGGACUCGUAUACGCUUAAGUCUGUGGGAGACUUGCCGGCUCCUUUUCGAGCUUGUUUUAAUUUUAGGUAUUUCAACUCUUUGCAGAGUGAAUGCUUUCCUGCUUGUUUCCACUCGGAUGAGAACAUGGUUGUGUCAGCACCAACUGGAAGUGGUAAAACAGUCAUUUUUGAGCUUUGUAUUUUGAGGCUACUUUCAAGGUUCAUCUCUGAGGACGAAAGUUUUAAACCUACAAAUGGAACUCUCAAGACAAUCUAUAUUGCCCCAUCAAAGGCUUUAGUUCAGGAGAAGGUUCGUGAUUGGACCCAGAAGUUCAGAUCUCGGGGCAUAGUUUGCUUGGAGCUCACAGGAGAUAAUGAAUCUUACAGCACCAGGAAUUUACAGGAAGCAGACAUUAUUUUAACCACUCCUGAGAAAUUUGAUGCAGUAACGCGGUAUCGUGUGAAAGACGGUGGAUUGGGCUUUUUCAGCGAUAUAGCACUGUUACUUAUUGAUGAAGUUCAUCUGUUGAAUGAUCCCCGGGGAGCAGUUUUGGAAGCAAUAGUUAGUAGAAUAAAAAUGCUUGCUCACAACCCUGAGAUGAAAUCAAGUGCUCUGGCUCAUGUUCGUUUUCUAGCUGUGUCUGCCACAAUUCCAAAUAUUGAGGACCUUGCGGAGUGGCUCACGGUGCCUGUCCAAGGGAUUAAAAGGUUUGGAGAAGAAAUGAGGCCAGUGAAGCUGACUACAAAAGUUUUCGGCUAUGCUCCAGCAAAAAAUGAUUUCCUAUUCGAAAAGCGCCUGCAAAACUACAUUUUUGAUAUCCUUAUGCAAUAUUCAAGAGGGAAGUCUGCUCUAGUUUUUUGCUCAACUAGAAAAGGUGCACAAGAAGCAGCACAGGUACUUUCUCAGACAGUCAUGGCCUUUGGCCAUUCAAAUCCAUUCAUUAAAAGCAGAGAACAGCAAGAGAGGCUAAGGGAAGCUUCAAUGUCAUGCAUUGACAAACAUAUGCAAUCAUAUAUGAUUUAUGGUGUUGGUUAUCACAACGGUGGCCUUUGCCUCAAAGAUCGUAAUCUCGUUGAAAGUCUUUUCCUGAAGGGUGAUCUUCAAAUUUUGUGCACAACAAAUACUCUUGCUCAUGGAAUCAACCUACCAGCACAUACAGUAGUUAUCAAAUCAACACAGCACUUCAACAAAGAAAAAGGAGUCUACAUGGAAAUUGAUCGAUCUACACUACUGCAGAUGUGCGGAAGGGCAGGUCGGCCACCAUUUGAUGAUACAGGAAUGGUUGUAAUCAUGACAAGAAGAGAUACGGUUCACUUGUAUGAGAAUCUCUUGAAUGGAUGUGAAAUGGUAGAAUCACAAUUGCUUUCAUGUUUGACGGAGCAUUUAACUGCGGAGAUAGUUCAACUGACGGUCUCUGAUAUUACAAGGGCAAUUGAAUGGAUGAAGUGUUCGUUCUUGUAUGUGAGAAUGAAGAAGAACCCUGCACACUAUGCAAUAAAAAAAGUGAUUUCCAAUGACCGUAUAGAGAAGCAUAUGCUAGAGGUCUGUGUACAGAAAAUUAAUGAGUUAUCGCGGCAUCAGAUGAUAUGGACUGAUGAAGAUGGUUUUUUGUUGAAGCCACUAGAACCUGGGAGGCUGAUGACAAAAUACUAUUUGAAAUUCGACACGAUGAAAUACAUUAUUCAGACACCUGUAAACUGCAGUUUGGAGGAUGCUCUUCAUGUUAUAUGCCGUGCUGAGGAAAUUUCAUGGAUACAGCUCAGACGCAAUGAGAAGAAGCUUCUAAAUGACAUAAACACUGAUAAAGAUGGGCGACUCCGCUUUCACAUUCUUGGUGACAGAGGGAAGCGAAAAAAGCGUAUUCAAACCAGAGAAGAAAAGAUAUUUCUUUUGGCUAAUGACUGCUUAACUGGUGAUCCUUCGGUUCAUGAUCUAUCCCUUACCCAGGAUAUGAACUCCAUAUGCUCAAAUGGCUGUAGAAUUGCCAGGUGCAUGAAAGAAUUUUUUAUUUACCAAAAGAAUUACAAGGGAGCUCUGAACUCAAUGCUUUUGGCAAAGUCUAUGUAUCAAAAACUCUGGGAUGACAGUCCAUACUUGCUGAAACAAUUACCAGGGAUUGGAAUGGUGACUGCAAAGGCACUACAUUCGAUGGGAGUGAAAUCAUUUGAGACGCUAGCUGAGGCUGAUCCUAGAAGAAUAGAGAUUGUCACUGGUCGAAAGUACCCAUUUGGGAACCAUAUAAAAGAGUCUCUACUCUCUCUACCUCCAAAAGUGGAUUUAAAAAUUGAGGAAACUGAAUGUCGGGGGCAAGGCAAAAUGAAGCUAAUGAUUACACUAACUAGGCUAUCACCGACACUCCAAUCAACAAAACGACAUUAUGCUGACAUGAUUGUAGCUUCAGAAGAAGAUAAUCUGAUUCUCUUUCAUGAGAAAAUAAGAGUUGAUGAAUUCUCAAGCCCCUAUAGCGCAACAGUUCUUCUCCAGAAUCCUCAACAAGGAAAGCUGACUGUUAAGGCUGAUCUUAUAUUUGAAGACUACAUUGGUAUUGAUCUAAACCAGGAGCUUUUAUUUAAUAAGGAAAGCAACUUAAGCUCAAAGAACAAACGAGGAAAAAGAGCAUCCGCUCUUCCUCUACCAGAGGAAAUAUGUAUCAUAGAAGAUGAUACUUUUGAAAGCCUAAGUAAAGUUCAUGAAGAUGAGAUUCCUGCUAAAGUUCAAAAUGAGUGUCUCCCAAACUCGACAAAAUCCAAAAGGGUAGAUGAUUCCAUGCCCAGUUUCAAGCUUCUGGAGGAUGACUCUGAAGAAGAUGAGGACCAUGAGGUUGCUAACCCUGUUCAUGAAGAUGAGCUUCCUGCCAAAGUUCAAAAUGAUGCCAAAGUUGUGACACAACAAACUGUAUUUGACCACAUACGUGAAAAGGCAAAGAACUUCCCUAUCUUGGUGCCACCAAAUAAUGUGUUUCCUCCAUCAUCAGAGCCCUUGGUUUUGACAAGGAAACAUGCUCGUGAGAAGAAGCUUGGACCGGAGAGUGGAGCAGAUGUUCUGGAAGAAUUAGAAUGGAAUAAAGUUCCAAGACAAACUGUGGUCAAUCCAUCUUCAGAACCUAAAAAGGCAGAACAACAUCUUUCUCAUGUCAAUAAUCAUCAGACUCCCAGAAGCUCAGCUGCCCUUAACUUCAUGGAUGACAGAGCAGGGCAUCCUUCUGAUCACCUCGAAGAUGGCACAUUGAAAACGUUAACAGGAGAAACAAUAUUUGAGCACAUACGCACAAAAGCUAAGAAUUUUCCGGUGAUCAGUAAACCGAAUGUGGUGGAGGCCGAGUCUUUAAUCCAGAGAAAAGAAUGCCCGUAUUUGACUGACAGAGAGUUUAGCACUACUGCCGCGCUGAAAGGAACAAAACCAAAUGAAGUUCUCAGAGAUACUGAACGUGAUAGGAGGUUGUUCUCCGUAAGCUCCCGCAACCCAUCUGGAGUAUUGGAUGCUUCUUCUGGUGGGAUACGCAAUGGAGCCAAUGUUGCAUCAAGUAACAUGCUGUCUUUCGAUAUCUCCAUGUUCAAGAAUCCAAAGCGACCUGCAGACCUUGGAAGCACGAUGGAGAAUGCUAGGAAGAAGCAUCAGCGCUCACCAAUUGUACCACCAAGGCACUGCUCAUUGACAGCAGUUAAUAAGUCCAGGGAAGUAGAAACAUUUCUCGGGUUCGAGAGUGUCUUUUCCUUUCUCUGAUGUCUCUUCAAAACCCGAAAAUGCGAGGAUAUUUGCCACUACAGGAUCAAGAAUCACAGCCUUGGUUUCUAACAAGUUUAUAUUUCCCAAGAUUGAUAUGUUGUUUCAGGUUAUAAACUUCAUGUAAUUAAGAUAAAUAGAUAGAUGCUUGUUAGGUUAUUACUUAUUAUCUACUCGUCUAGUUACCACUUUCCUAUAGCUGAAAGGAAUGGGGCAAAUAGAGUAGAUAAACAUCGCACUUUAGUGUUGAUCUAGAUCAUCGUUUGACACAAAUAUACGACACGACAAUGAGGAGCCAGUUGCCGGAAUAGAGCUGUCAUCACUACCAAAUGACGUUGGACACAUCGGCACCAGGUGUCACCGUGAGCAGGUGUUAAACGUAGAAGUACCCAGCUAGGAUUCCCGUCUGCAUGUUUGCCUUAUAUCCUUCUUCUCCCCCUCAGCUUUCUUUCUCUGAUUUUCCUGAACCUGUCACCUCUGGUCA